CCCAAAGAAAAUAAUAUGAGGCCAGAUUGGACACCGGCAAUUGUAUGGAGAACCGUUUGUGGACUGGGCUCAGCCGCCAUAGUGGAAAGGUUCAGAAGAAACGACAUCGUAGUAAGAUAUUUUUGUCUAUUGACGAAAUUACCCUCAAAAGUUCGAUCUGCUGAAGGACUCGGCGAUGGAGAGAGACAGCGAGCGAGCAAGCUAGAGCUGCUGGUUGCAGCGUCGUCCGUACGGAAUCCUUGGUCUCCCAAACUAAUCCACUCCAUGACAACCCUAAUAUCCCAGAUCCUGAGCAAAAAUUUCUCAAACAUUGAUAUCCUCCAUUCAAAAUUUCAAUUCCAUUUUCCCUCGCUUUCUCGGAAAACCCGAAGCCUUUUACACGUUCCUCGCCAAAAUUGGCGCCGGACUCCUAGAACGUUUGGGUUCUCAUCGGUCAGAGCUAAUUGUGCUUCUGAGUCGACGAGUUAUGGCGGGUGGGACGAUUUGAGGCUUGCUGACGACGACUCGGACCGACCUGGUGAGUCUGACCAGCUUCGUAAAUUUCUUGUUUCCAUAGGAGUUGAUGAUAGGAAGCAUGUCGUUGUGUUUCUGUUAGGCCUUGCGUGUGCUUUGGCUAUUUCUAGGGUUAGGGUUUCUUCAAUUGUUGUAUUUCCUGCUACUGUGUUGGUGUUUGCUAUUGGGUUUUCAAUUGGAGCUGUCCGUGGCGGAGGUAUAGGCGAAGUGAACUUAACUGGAAAUAAGAGACGGGCAAAAGAGGAAAUUUUUAGGGUUUACACUGAAAAAUUAAGGAAUCUGGUCGAGGUCUUUAAUGGGUUUGAUGUUGAAGUUAGCAACCUAAAACAUAAUAUACAGAAAGCUAUUGAUUCUAGAGAAAUUACGGUGGUUGAUUUAGAAAAUUAUGUUAAGGUAGUGGAAUCAAUUAGUUUAUCGGCCUCAAGUGCUAAGAGUACACUUGAAGUUUCUAUACAGGAUGUUGGUAGUUCUAGUGUUCAGUUUGAGGAUCAGAAACCUGCCAAGCGAAAGAAAGAGCUGAGUGAAAUUGGCUAUGAGUUUUUGCAGUCUUGUAGGGGUUUGUUUGGAGAAAACUUUGCUGAUUCCAAGCCUACUAAAGUAAAAAAUAACUUUAAGCGGAAGAAUGCAGAGGCAGCUUUGGAUGAUAAAACUCAUGGUAAUAAUUUAGUUCCAUCUGUUGAAGAAAUGGUCUCCAAUUCUGUUAAUGUCAAUAAACAAAAAGCAAAUACUGGUCUUUCUCAACAUUCAUCUAAUAAAUUCAUUUUAAAUGAAAAUGGCAAUGCAAGAACGAAAAAUAGAAAAAUGAGUUGGGAGGAGAUGCGUGGAGACGAUAACAGCAUUACUGAGAGCAAAGAGUAUGGUUACCAGAAUAACAGAUCCUGGUUUAUGAAUGAACAACAUAUUUCUUUCAAGUUGCAUCAUAAUAAUCAAACUGAGAGAUCUGACUCCUGUGAUAAUCUACUUGAUUCUGUCAAUUUUAGUGUCAGAAUGAAGCAUAUGGAAACUGAAACUUCCCUUAUACAAGAGAAACAGCUUAAGAAAUCUGACGGAACUUAUGAGUCUUCUUUUAUAGGGGAGGAGGGUGAUAAUGAUAGUUAUGAGAAUUCAUUGACGGAAGAAGCGAUGAAUGUCAAAGACAAUUUUCAUGUAACUGACCGCCUGUCUGGAUGUGAAAGGGAUGUGCCUCCCCCUGCAUCUUCAAUGGUUUCAGAUGAUGUAAUGUUCGACAGAUAUCUUACUGAAGCUAAUGACCUGCUGAAUCAAGCCAAGGAAUUCAUAAAGGAUAGACAUGAAACAGAGCGUGCAGAAAUCAUAUUGUGCAGGUCUGCCAAGCUACUGUCUAAAGCUAUAUCUAUGAAGCCCAUGAGUUUGUUGGCUGUGGGCCAGUUGGGAAACACGUUUCUUCUUCAUGGAGAACUAAAAUUAAGGAUUAGUCGUGAGUUGAGAAUUCUCCUUUCCAGAAGCGACGUUUCAUCUGUUGAAAAAAGGGGUAGAGUACAUGAUAGAAUUAGGAGUAGAGAUGAAAUUGCAUCUGUCCUCAUUAAUGUGUGUGAAGAGUGUGAAGAACUCCUCAUGGAAGCAGGGAGAAAGUAUAGGUUGGCUUUGUCUAUUGAUGCAAAUGAUGUGAGGGCCCUGUAUAAUUGGGGUCUUGCUCUUUCCUUCCGGGGGCAGUUGGUUGCAGAUAUUGGCCCGGAAGCUGCUUUUGAUGCUGACAAAGUGUUUUUAGCUGCAAUUGAUAAGUUUGAUGCGAUGAUGUCUAAAGGCAAUGUUUAUGCACCUGAUGCUCUGUUCAGAUGGGGCAUGAUACUGCAGCAAAGAUCCCGCUUACGGCCAUUUAAUAGUAGAGAGAAGGCAAAGUUGCUACACCAGGCAAAGAGGUUAUAUGAAGAUGCACUUGAUAUGGACUCCAACAAUCUUCAAGUAAGGCACGCCUUGUCAACAUGCAUAUCUGAGCUUGGCAGUAGGCACUAUUAGUCACAUCUGUAGAAGGCUAAAUUGGCCAACUCAAUUGCUUCUCGGUUUCUUUUUCUCCAAAUUUUGUCUCUACGUUUCAAUAUUUGUAGAAAAUAGAGGUGAUGUUGAUUCCUCAAUGGAUUGCCAGCAAAAUAAGAUUGAUACCAAAAAUAAAAAUAAAAAAGGAGAAUAUGAGGUAAACUCUCCUUGCUCAAUCAGCUCAUUGGAGGGAGUGAUCUCAGUAGUCCGCUCCUUUCUCCCAAGAAUGAAUACAUUUGCAUUUCUGGGUAGGUUCACACCCGAGACAGCAUGUUGCUAUUGUAAUAAUGCAAGCUGCUUGCAUUGCUAAUCAAACUAAGAUUUGAAGCUGAAGGUCAAUUACGUGAUCAGACUCCUCGCAACUGACAUUACCAUAGAAAGCUAUUGAGGUUGGUUUCUUUUUUAUUUGAUAACAAGCUACCGGCUUUAUCGUGCAUUAAAAAUUUGUUCAGGUUUAUUGUUUAAUUGGAUAAACUACCAGUCCUAUGAGAGUUUAAAAUGUGGAUCCUUUCAAAACUUAUUGUAUCAUAUUCUACAACCAUAUAAUGGCGGAUUUAUUCUUUGAAAGAGAA